GCAUGAUAUGCAAAUUAGUCUGUAUUAACCAUGUCCAGCAGCACAGCACUGGGUCAGAAGCUGUAUUCAGUUGCUGGCAGAGGUUCUGUCGAGGGAGAGGCCUUCCAACAAAAUGGUUAUGGUACAAUUCAGUUUAACUCAGCGGAAGUUUUGAACGACUACAAUAUGCAGGCGGCUACGGAGUGGAAUUCAACUUGUAGAAACUGGGAGGAAGCACAGUCUGCUUUGCAGAAGUACUACCUUUCUAUUUUUUAUGGGAUUGAGUUCUGCGUAGGAACUCUGGGGAACAUUGCUGUUGUAUUUGGCUACCUCUUCUGUCUGAAGAACUGGAAUAGCAGCAAUGUCUAUCUCUUUAACCUCUCCAUCAGUGACUUAGUUUUUCUGUGCACUCUUCCAUCGCUGAUGAGAAGCUACGCCAUCCAAAACUGGGUCUAUGGAGAUGUGUUCUGCGUAGUCAACCGGUACGUGCUUCACGCUAACCUCUACACCAGCAUGCUCUUCCUCACUUUUAUAAGCAUUGAUCGGUACAUGCUCAUGAAGUAUCCUUUCCGAGAACACCUUCUGCAAAAGAAAGAGUUUGCUAUUUUAAUCUCUUUGGCUAUUUGGGUUUUAGUAACCUUAGAGCUAUUACCCAUGCUUCCUCUCAUACAUCCCAUUAAAACUGAACAAGGCACCUACUGUCCUGAUUUUGCAAGUUCUGGAGAUCCUCAGUACAACCUCAUUUACAGCUUGUGCCUAACCUUAUCGGGAUUCCUUAUUCCUCUUUUUGUGAUGUGCUUCUUCUAUUACAAGAUAGCUAUCUUCCUAAAGCAGAGAAGCAGACAGUUCACUACUGCCUUGCCCCUUGAGAAGCCUCUCCUCUUGAUUAUCAUGGCAGUGGUGAUCUUCUCCGUGCUCUUCACACCCUACCACGUUAUGCGGAAUGUCAGGAUUGCUUCGCGCCUGCACAGCUGGAAGUGCAACAAAUGCACUGAAGCCAUCCUCACGUUCUUGUACACUAUGACUCGGCCAUUGGCUUUUCUGAACAGUGUUGUCAACCCUGUCUUCUACUUUCUGAUGGGUGAUCACUUCAGAGAUAUGCUGAUGAGCAAACUGAGACACCACUUUAAAUACCUUACUUCCUUCAGAAAAUGAACCCAUACUUUGUGGACUCAGACUUUGCUUUAAAGAAAAGUGAGCCGCUUGUGAAGCAGAUUGUUUUGUGCCUGCAACUUUAAGCCAGUAAGAGUUGAUUCUAGCAGAUAGACGUGACUCAGAGAAGAUCAUAGAUACGAUAUGACUAUGGUUAACAACAGCUUGUAUACAAAGUGUGGGGAAAGGGGAAGAGAAUGUAUUAAUUUGUUCACUUAAGAAUCGAAAGACGUUGGACUAAUGCUGUCUAAUGUUUAAGUGAGUUAGUCAAAAUUCAGUAUUAAGAGGACCUUUUUAAGCAGUGCAAAAGAAUAAAAGAUAAAGCCACGAAUUAUGUGCAUUUAAUCUUUGGUUAGAUAGAAAAAAUAUUUUGCCCUCAUCCCCAUAUUACACAUUCAGUCUUAAAGCGUUGUGUGAGAACUGAAUAGCAGAAAACUAGAUAUGUUUUAUGUAAUUUUGUUUCAGAUAUUGUGUACUUAAGAAAAUUUUAGUAGCAACUAUGGGUAAUAAAGCAGUAUAAUGAGUUCAAGGAUGCUUACAUAUUUCUUCAUUUUGAUCAUGAAUUGAGAUUAGUUGGCAACUUUUCAGUCCUUUUUUGUUGUUGCACGUGCUUUAUUAGACAGAAUCUUAAUUCAGGUUAAUAGAACACAAGGGGAUAAAUCAACAGAGGGAGAUAGCACAUUUCCAUUCAGCUGUAGGAAAUUUAAGCGAUUUAAGAAAAAUUGCUACAUUUCUUAAACAAUUCCAUAAAUAUUUCUUAUAUAAUGUUAUAAAAUUUGUAGUAUUUUUAUCAAAAUACUAAAAGCAUGGCACAGAUGGUUACAAAAAUUUAAAGUUAUAGAAGACAAAAUACUGAUCAGGAAAUCCACGGGAAAAGAAAAUGCAACAAAAUAGAGUAUAUUCUUUUGGUUAUUGUGAUGGCUAAGUUUGUCAAUUUGAAUAGUUUGGGAGCUGCCCAGGGGAUUAAUAAAGCACAUUUCUAGAUGUGUCUGAGUGGGUCAAGGAGACAUGACCUUGGUUACUAUAUCUGGUCUCUUACACUUUCCUCUAUAAUCCUGUUCUGUUUCUUUGCUUUCAGCUCCAUCAUCUAAGUUCUAUUCCACCAUGCCAAUUUGUCAUGUGUCUGCCUUGCAGUCAACUAUUGACUGAACCUCCUGAAACCAUGAGACACAUUAAACCUUUCUUUCCUAAAUUUGAGUACCAAAUAUUGUGUCUUAGCAACAAAAAAUUCUGCCUCAACAACAACAAAUUCUAACGCAGUGAUGAUUAUUCCAUCUAGAAUUUUAUUAUAACAACUCAAACACCAGUGCAUGGAAGUAUGUUACAAUUCCUUAUCUUUUCUGCUCUUGAUUAAGUAAUGAAUUUUAAAACAUAUUAACAUCAUAAAACCAAUAAAAGUAAUGAAAUGAUCUGACUUAUUUGGUUAUUUUUCCUUUUAAAAAGAGGAAGCUGCAGGUUUUCUUUCACCUUUUUUUAAUAAGGAAAAGUAAAAAUUGUGGGGUAAUAUACAAUGGCCACUUUAUCCAGAGAAUAAUUCAUUUCUGGAGAAGAUUUUUUCAUAGAAUAUUGCAUAAAAACAUCAUUGGAGGAGAUAUUCUAAAUAAAAUGCUCUUUAAGAAAUUAAAGAAAAUAAGGAAUAUUUAUGUGCAUGUUAAGAUAGGUCAUCUUAGGAGGAUUAGUUUGGCAUGAUUCCUUGCCACAAAAUGGAGGGGGCUAUGAGCUACAUUAACCUUUUAAAGUCAAGCAACAUAAUAUUAUAACUCACUUAUAUGCCACAAAAUGUGACAUGGCUAUAUGUGUAACUUCCUUUCCUUAAUGUCAUUAGCUAUAAGGAAUAAUAGGAAACAUAAAAAGCAUAAGUGCAGAGACAUAAUAAUCCAUUGUCCUUUCUGGUUCUAAAGUACUCUAAUGAUGUUAUAUUCAAAUAUUGCCAAAUCUCAAAAUAUUCCCAAGGAACACUUCUAGAUUUGAAAAAAUUAAAAUAUAAAAACACUAACAAAUAAUGUUUUUGUCUUUGGUGCCCAGAGACAAUGAGGGACUCAUGCAUUCUAAUCAAGCACUCUACCUCUGAGAUACACUCUCAGCACCUAAGAUUUUAUUUUCUUGUAAAGUACCAGGGUUUGCAAUACUUUUGUUAUGGCUUGCUUUGGUAUUGAUAUUUCUAACUCUUAAAUGUAAUUUUAUCACUAUCUAAUAAUAAACUGAAAACAGUUACUGAAUUUCCUCAAAAAAAAAAAAAAUGACCACAGAAAGGACUUUAGGAAACAAUUAUCUACUUGCUUGUAAUCUGCCCAAUGCAUCCAUACUAGAUACUCAAGCAGAGUUUAUAUAUAAGAUGUGAGGUGGCCUUUCUGUGGCUCUUUUUCAAGAUGUUCUCUCAUCUUUCUGCUGCUGAGUCUACUUAUAACUACCUUAUUUUGCCAUGACAGAGAGACUGAAGGCAGACAACUCUUAAAAGUCCAACAAGGACCAGCAUCCAUUAUUUUAAAAAAUAAAUGGGCCUAUCACUAGAUGAUUUUUUAAUUUCUUUUCAGUACUUUUCUUCUUCCUGUGUGUUCAUUCUUUUGUAUAUUUUUUAAACUCCUCACGUAGAUUUUUUGUUGUUUCUGUUAGAGUAUAAGAAUCUGGCUUGCAGAAACUAAAACAUUAACUGAAGUAAAAACUCUUUCCCUUUAGAAGGCAAUACACUUAACGAGAUAGCAUAAUUUUAUGUCCUACAGUAGUUUAAGUUUCUACAAAGUGUUUUGAAAAAAAUUCUUACAUGCUUGCUUACUUAAUAUCAUGUAUAGUCAAUUAUUUCUUUGUUUACUCAUACUACUCUCUCUCUGUCUCUCUCUCUCUCUCUGUCUCUGUCUCUCUCUUUCUCUCUCUCUCUCUUUCUCUCUAUUUACCAGUUGUAAACUUAGCCUUUAUGUUGGUUUCCAGGGAAACUAAAAAAGGCAACUUAAAGUUUUACUUGACUUGGGGGAUGUAUCUCAGUUAAACAAUGUGUAUAGAAUGCGUUAACACCUAGGUUUAGGUCUCAGUAGCACACACGGACACACACACUCACACGAUCAUUGAAGACAUAUGUGGGUCCCUGCCUCUUGGCCACGUCCACCUCUUCCUCAGUCAAGGACAAGCAGAGCACUUUGUCUCUCAUUGCAUCAGUUACAUUUACUUCCCCUCAAGAUCUUACCAAGUACUUUUCUUAACAAAUGAAUUUGUGACAUAAAAUCUAAAAGAAUUUUAUGCUUCUCAUUUAUUAAUGAAAAGGAUUUAAAAUGUUUUCUUAUUUGUUGCUAUAAAAAGGCAAGCAAAGAUGUUGACUAAACAUGCUAAAAAUGUUGAAAAAUGAGAAUCAAAUGUUUAGGCCAUUUUAGUGAGACAUGUGUGUUCAUGUAUAAUUAUCAUGUAAAUAUAUCAUUUUAUUUAAUAAGAUGGUAACUAUGAGCACUGAACAGUUCUCUUUAACUUCCUUUAAGCACCCUUUUCUAUCAAAUGUUAUUAAAUUACAUGUUCAUCAAUUAGGAAUAAGAUUUUAACUGAUAAUUUGUCAGGAAAUUAAACAGAAUAUAGGCAUAUUUUACACAUUUUGCAUGUAUAAAAUAAUAUGUACAAUCUGAAAUUAUAGCAUAUGCAUAUACUCAUAUGCAUGCAUAUUUACAAAUGGAAUUUGUAUAAAUGUGGCAGAGGCCUUAGGUUUCACAGUUGUCAUAACUCUGACUGUAACUACAUGUUCAAAUUUAUGAAGAAUCCCCAUUUUUUGAUUCAAGUCAACUGCUAGUAGCCAAUAAGGCAUUUUGAUUUCCAUUUGUGACAGAAUUCUGAAGGAAAAAUACUUGUCAGAAUCCGAGAGAGAAAGCAAUAUGAUUUUUCAGGAUUAACAAACUCAGUCUCAUCCUAAAAUUUUAACAAAAAUAAUUGUAAUAUGUAGAACAUUAGAAGAGUUAUGCUUAGUUGCUCUAGCAUUUUAUAUAUCUUACUUCAUUUGGCUUUCAUCAAAAUCUAUAAAGAUAAUAAAUGAAGAAGAUAUGAGUGACUGUAUGGGACAUUUAAUGGCCUUGUCAAGGUAGUAUGGCAAAAUUCCAGGGAUCAUGUUCUUAACACACAGUAAACCAUAUUGCUAGAGCUGAUAUGCUUGAAGCCCAGGUUUUUUUUUAUUUAAGAAGGUUUGCUCCACAGUUCAUCAGAUGACUCAGUCUCAUCGAUGAUUCAGUUGUGAAGUUCUUACGAUGACAACUCCAGGAACAUGAAGAAGUAAGUUUCAGAACAGAUUCUUGAGUCAGUCACAUUCUGCCUACACAUGCAAGAGAUUAAAUUCUUUUAUAAAUAAAUAGGCGCAAAAAUGUACGAUAGAUAUUGUGAAUCGAGAAGAAAUCAUUUAAAAGAAAAAAUAUGAUGGAGAAAAGGGGAAAGGAAGAAAGGCAAAAAAUAUACAAGCAUAUGUACUCAAGAUAGUUAAGAUAGCCAUAAAACUUUCCUUGAAAAAUGUUUUGUGCUAAUAUUGUUCAGACAAGAUAUCAUGUCUAUAUCCUGUGUUGUGAACAGCUACUACAAAAACAACAGUAUGCAAUAUAUCAACUAUUAUAACUGUCCUACUAACCUGUUUUUGUAACUCAGGUUCAUUGUUUGUUUACCUUUUUUCUUUCUUUCUCCUCAAAAUAUUAAAAAAAAAACAGAACACUGAGCAAUGUUAUGGAUAACGCAUUCAUGAAACACAAUAAACUGACAAACAUGUAAUGUAUCUGAAUAGAAAGUUUUCCAGAUAUUUACUUUGUAUACAUUUACAGAAAUUUAACCUCUUUGGCAAAAUGUACUCACAAGUUCUACUACGAAGAAAGCUCUAUGUUACAAUGAAAUUUCUAGACAUAAUGAAUUAUAGUUACAUUUUGCCACAAUGAUAAUGCAGAGAAUAUUCCAUUUAAAAUUUUUGUCUUUUUAUACUUUAUAUAGAAUGCUAAGCUAUAGUUAAAUGCAAAAUUUUCUAGGCUUUUUAAUUCUAGUUGUCAAAAUAAUGACUUGAUCAAAUUCCAAAGACAGAAAAUUAUUACCCUUUAUGUCAAUUUAAGUCUAUGGAGAAUAAUAUUUAAAAAAAUAAAAUGCUAUGUUGAUUGGUACCAAUAAUUCACAAGAAGAAAAAAAAAUAAAGACUGCACUGAACAAAAUUUUUAACCUUGUUAAAAUAAAUUCAUUAUACUUGACAAGAACUUUGCCAUAUUGGUUGCAUUAUUUGGUGAUGAGAAAGAGAUACAGUAAAGGAAUUUUCAAGAAAAGCAUCACAGUGGACUUUGGAUCAUAAAUCUGACUGCAAAACAUGGACCUUCCAUAAUAAUUCCUUUUGAAAUGAUGUUCAAGGGCUCACCAAAAGCUUUAAACCAUUAAAUUAUAAACAACCUUACUUACCAACCAUUGUGGAACAGAAUA